UACGCCAUGUUUCUUGUGAUUUUCUCGCGCUUUAGAAAAAUUUUUUGAGACUUCGAAUUCGUAUGUGCAACAAUGGCCGAUGAUGAAACAUGGUUAUUGAAGGAAGACGGUUACCUUAGCUUGGACUGCGAGUGUAAAAGCAUUAUCUAUCAUCCGAAUAUAAACGUGGUGCUGAUAACUACUGGCAAUGCGCAAGUGUGCGUUUUCGAUGUCAACUCCGGGCUGAUUCUGCAACGCAGCUUUCUGUCUGGCAACGCAGACGGAAAGUUGCAAGGAGUUUACUUAGCCGAUGGGGUCGACAAAGUAUUGUACACAGAUGGCCGAGGAAUCGGCAUUCGAGGUGAUUACAAUGGAGUCCUUUUGAUGGACACAAUCCUUCAGACACCAGUGUUUCGCAGUGAAGAUGUAAUAAAAUUAGAACUCCUACUUUCCGAAGCAAUUUUGCUCUACCAGUGUCUACGAUGCAUAGAGUUACCCGGCGUAGACCACCUGCAGGAGGUCCUGCAGGAAUUAUCCACGAAAAUUCACUCUGGACACGCGAACCAGAAGAAGGGAAUAAAGGCUCAGAAGUGGAAUACGAUAUGUUUGGAAUUGCCACACGUAGCCUUAAAACUCGUGUGUUCCGGACUAGUAAUGGAAUUGAAGAAACAAACUAGGCACAUUCCAGCCCUGCCUAUCGCCUCAGCUAUAAACGAAAGGCUCAACGGUCUAAUGCCUAGUCUCGCCCUCGAGGGCAGACCUGUCGACCGGGCUCUCAUGUUUAGCGAGGCUGCAAGGCGAGAUACAUUCUCCAAAUGGCCACACAUGAAUUACAGAUGGGCAUUUCCGGACCAAAUGGCACAGGCCGGAUUUUAUCACGAACCAAAUUCAACGGGCGACGACCGAGCCAUGUGCUUCACAUGUAACGUUUGUCUUGUCUGCUGGGAACCGACGGAUGAGCCUUGGUCCGAACACGAAAGACAUUCGCCGGCAUGUCCUUUUGUCAAGGGCGAAUACACGCAAAAUGUACCUUUAUCAGUCACUCUAGCGACCGCUCCUGCCCAGGUUUCGGAUGGGUCAGUCGAGGUCAUCGGUACGACCAAUGUUGCUGGUCUCACAUCCACAGGAUCACAUAACGGCCUUGUUAACGUCUGGAAUGUUCGCAAUCAGCUAAAGCGCGAGGCUUCUUUCUGCAUCGCCUUGAGUGACCAGGAAGGCAACAACAAGCAAACCAUGAAAUUCUUCACGAUGUCCAUGGAUGCGACAGUCGCCUACGACACAGAAGCCGAAACCCUGAGUUUCUUCAAACCCUCAACCUCCCACAACAUCGAACUCACAUCCCUCUCGAUUGUAGGUUCUCCAAAAUCUCCCCUAGGCGAAAGCAACAUAGCCAGUUCAACAACUUCAAUAUCACCCAAACCUCCCGACUCUCAAAUCAGGCCCUGUCUUGUUUCCGGAAUCCUUGUGAGUGGCAGCAACGCCUCCCAGACUCGAACUCUCGAAAACGUCUGGGCAGCUUCUACCGACCUUGCGCCUUCCUCAUCCCUAGUUCGGGCCAUGAACAGCGUCAAUAGCGCUGCCAACGACCGACAGACAAUAAUCGACAUCAUGAAAGUAGCCGGUGACACCUACCAACCCGUAAAAAUGUUGUACCUCGUCCUCUGCGACUUCCACCACAAGGCUUCGGCCCCCCCGCCACCGAAAAAGGACGAAGCUAAACAAAGCAAGUCGAAGAAAACACUCUCCGGAACGGGAACCAGCACCAGUUCCAAUGACGGACGCCAGGAAAGUCUCUACCAGGAACUUUUUCUCAGCAAAUUCCUACUCGAAGAUCUCGUCGAAGACGUGGAUUCAGAGAUGCUUGUCGGGACGCAUUUCGAUAAUAUUUUCCCGGCGACUCCGCUCACUGCCUCAUCGUCAAAUGGAAUUUGUCCGCCACCCGGUUAUACAUUCGAUGCGAAUUUUAAUCCAAUAAAUGGAUCGGACCAAUUUCCAUCCAACUCGGAAUCGGUUGGAGGGUCGAAGAAGAUCCAGGAAGUGGUGAAGGCGACAAAGAUGGAACCGGUCGUGGUCCAGAGUGUGAGGAUUGAGGCACCGGAGAACAUGAGCAUUUCGUACACGGCGCCGACGAAGGAUGGAAGGCAUUUAUAUGUGGCGCUCUCGCCGAUUGAGAGGAACGAAGCGGCGGAGAUGUUGACUACGUCGAAUACGAAUCGGAUGGAUAUUGAUGAGGAGAGCGAAUUCUUCCCGCAGAAGAGCUUUAUGUACUGGGACCACAAUGAGACGCAGGGCGGAGGGAGUUUGGCGAAUGGAGAGACGAGGAAUGAGGAUGAUAGUGAUAAGGCAAUUUUGCUCGUGUAUGCCCUUGAUUUCUCGGAGAAGGUUGUGAGACUCGUGCCGGAUCCGGUUGUUAGACAGGAAUUGCCGGCGGAGGAGACACCAGUGGAACAUGUUUUGCUGCCGAUUCAGGAGAAGAAUAAGGGAAAUUUCGCGGAAUCUGGUGAAGAGCCGUUUGGACAGGUGGCGUUAGUUUGUAAGGAUGGAGUUGUCAGGGUGCUGAACUUGAGCAAUUUGAAGACUGUUACUAAAGCAAGACUGGAGGGACAGAAGUUUGUUUCGGCUGCUUACUGCACUAGUUUAGAAAGAUUGUGCGCUUGCACGAGUGAUGGAGCUCUUCACUUCUUCGCAACGACCGUAGAGGAUGAAUUGACUGAAGAAAAAGAAGACUCUGAUGAUUUGAGUAUGAUCACGGAAAUUAGUUGCGUUAAUGAACAGGAAGAACCGAGUACUUCAACGUCUUCCACUGUCUACCAGGAGCCAAUUAUAGCGCACAGGAACAAUUUGAACUACAACGAUUUGAAGGCGCUUUAUGAAUUAACCAAGUUUGAUAGACAUUCACCAGCGUAUAGAGCUACUGUUCCUCCUUGCUGGAGUGAAAUGAUGCAAGCACAAAGACAACGGCGUUAUCCCCAGCAUUUGCAUCAAGCAGAGGAUCAGCAUCACACUCGCACGUGGCGUCUGCAAAAUGAUGCGUCAACCUGGGACGAGCACGUCUUCGAACUGACAUUACCCAGAAGUGCUUCUGGAGUCGUAGGCCACGUAGACGUGAAAUUCAAUCUUCACUCACCCUGUCCAGAGCUCCCGACAAUCCAAGUGACUCUUUUAAAGCAAAGUAUAUUCAGUAUUGGCCACCACAAAGCUCCCGUCACUUCCGUUGACGAGAGAAUAGACUUUAGCCUCGGCACUGAUCAAAAGGGCGAAAAUCCCGUCGUCACUGAGGAAUAUCAACGACAACACAACACGGAAAUUCUCUGCGGUCCAAUCAAUUUACAACGAUGCAUGGAUCUCUCCGAUCACUCUGGAUGUGUCACUCUCACGAGUCCAAAACUCUUCCGGGCCAAAUCGAACUCGUCUUUUACUUUGCUUGUUCACAUCAAGGCGCUCGUUGAUCCAGUCAAGGAUGGGGCAAGUUCGAAACCAAGGACGAGUCUUGUUGAAUCAAAACCACCGACCUCGAAGAAACUGAGGAUAGACGAAGCCGGGCCUCUUUUACCUGGUGCGACAGUUGAGAGAUAUGCAGCGAAUGCUACCAAAAAAUUAGAUUCCUAUAUGGGUUGUGAUUGGAUCCACGAGAUUUCGAUCACCGUUCGAAAGGUGCUACCAACGAAUAUUGCUCACGAAAGAUUGCAGCGUUGUGCGAUGCUGGAAUCAAAACAGUUUAUCAACAAUCUGCUUUCUGUUGCCUGCUUACAGACAGCAGAUAAGUCGCCGAUUACGCAGUCAAUCGCACUCGAUAUCCUCAUCUGGGUCGUCUCAAUAAGACUUACGAGGCUUAGAACUUGUCAGAAUAGUGUAGAAACGAAAGCGAUGCAACUAGAAACUGUGCGCUGUGUCCAGGGGAAACUUUCCGCUUUAUUGCAAACUUGUCUUUUGCACGCUGGAAGAAGCAUUUCGCACAAGUGUAUAAAACUCAUUGUUUUAUGUAGCGAGGGUCUUCACAAUCUGGACGAUCCUCUGCCACAUUCCUUUGAAGAAGCGGUGCUUUCCGUCUCUGUAACACUCUUACCUUCGAUAGUCAGUGUCCAAUGGGCUGGAUCACUUCGUUGGUUGGCAAUCCUGAUUACGAGAUUAUUACCCCUCGACAGAACCCACAGCAUCGCUCAACAAUGCAUUUCCCUCGUUCAACAAAUCGCCACCGAAAUGUCGAAUCGGGUCAAUCCUUACCACUUGCUCCUCGCCACAAGAUUCGGCCUUUACAACUCUCCUUUCGAAACGGAACUUUUCGACAUGGAUCCACCAGUACCUCCGAAGUUCAGCUCGACACCGAUUACUUAUGCGAGCACGGUGACUGGCGAACAAGCAACUACUUCAAUCACGGCAACGAGUUCAAGUCAUCCACAAGAUUCGAUUGAUUUGAGAGAUUUGCUCACCCUGCCUUCUCAUCCCUCAACUGAAUUGGCUGUACCCAGCAAGCUCUGUUUGAAGACUCUGACCUCCAAUCACAGCAUGAAAGGUCUUCUUGAGGUUGAACCACUGCAUUUCACUUGUCACGCCGCCUCGGACGGUACAAAAAUGGAGAAAAUCGACUCCGGAGUAAAUGUAGUCAAUGUGGGACCAACAAUCUACGACACAAGUCACCCUGGGACCAGUGCGAAUCCAACUCUUGGAAUAAAAAUAAUCCAACACUCAUACAACUUGGAUGCUGGCUCGCUAGGACCAGAUCUUCAGGCUAAGUUGACAACCCUGUAUGGCGAUUUAAUUAGUCAUUGUAAAGCCGAAAUGACAAAGAAGCCAACGGUGCACCUGUCGCUAACGCCCGACGAUCGGUCGAUCAGUGACGAAGUUAGUAUGCCAGAUGAAGCCCAGUACUGGCACAUUCUGCAAAAUGAUAGCUCGCAAAUGUUAGACUCUGCUAUAUCUAAAGAAAAAUCCUCCGGUACGAAUAUUGGUACCUCCACGAGCAAAAACGAAGACAACAGUGCGAAAAAGAGAGACGAUAUCAAUUUUCCCUGGGGAAGACUUCUCUGCUGGCCACCUCAGCAAGCUUUAGUUGUAGAAAGAAUGCACUCCGGAGCGAGAAGAUUCGUGAUUUUAGAUUUUGGAUCUCCAGUUUUGCUGACAGAUUUAAUGAUCCCAUCUUGCAGUGAUUUGGUCUCCUUAUCCGUCGACAUUUGGACAAAAAAUGAAGAAUCUGACGGAACAAGAUUGGUUGUUGCUGGCGAUAUUGGAUACAAACCUUUGGUUGUCAGCGACCUCCAACCGCCACCUGUCUGCAGAUUUCUUAAGAUCACGAUGAUUGGCAGAUACGGAAUGACUACAACAAGGUGUAAAAUACCCCUGGGUAUGUUUUAUGGUCACAUGGUCGUUUUACCAGGAGAAGAUUAUUCCGAACUAAACGAAACUCAGUCGAGUCUCAGCGGCACUUCCGAUGCCACAUUACAAGCUACGAUUGAAUCUCAAUGCCACAUUUUAUCCGCCUUGGCCGAAGACGUUCAGUGCAGGUUUAGCCUGGCGACAGAGAAACUAAAAAGCUUUCUUGAUCCUCUGCUUUGCACAGAGACACCCAAUGUCGUUCACAUGCAACAUUACCUUUCCCACAACAAAAACUCACAAGAAAACAAGGAGCAACCCUCGGCUAAAAUCCUCUCGACCUACCAGGAAUGUAUCAUGUUCCAACAUCAACUAAACGUAGUUCGCGGAGUCUGGAGAAGAUUAGAAUCCUGGCGAGGACCUAGAAACGUGCCAGCAACUUCUUUAGCGAGUGCUUCAAGUGAUAAAUUACGAAUACUCGGGGAAACUCUAUUGGAUAUUCUUCUUUACACGGUUUACGAAAUUGGACCCAUUCCGAGCGUACCAACAACUUUAUACGAUGCAUUCACGCCUUCAAUUUGUGAGAGGCUCUUCAAAUCGAUCUGCGUUGAUACUUCAGCACCUCGAUUGCAACUCCAUGCUGUCGCUUUGUUGGCACGAAUGGCUGGUCAUCAACCUUGGUGGGGAAAUUUUCUAGCGAAUACGCUCACGACACUUUUCACGGCUUCGUCGACCCAUAUUUUCCCACAAGAUAGGGUCUUCAUCUUACUAACAUUCCUCGGUCGCAAAUCGCUGAUAUCUGGAGCAAAUAAGUCCUCAGUAGUAGAAGCGAUGGUCCGCACCCUCGGCAAACUUCUCGCCCCUAUAUCUAAUAGCCAAACAUCCAGCUCGAGUCGACUGGACACAACCCUCAUUGGCUGGGUUCUCCUCUUCCUCUCUGUCUGCCUAGACACAAAUGCCAAUCACAACCCGUGCCUCGAAGACACUCAUGACAAGAGCAAAGACCAAGGCCUUUCAUCAAGGUGGGAUUUCAUUCAUGGAGAAUCAGCCAUGCAGCGAAAAUACGCAAGCUCGAGUAGAUCUGCGGCUUGUAAAAGUCACAGAAGGAAAUUGCAGAAAAGGUUGAUGCAUCACAAGCAGCAACUUCAGGACCUUGAGCAAGCAAAAAAGGCUUUUCAGGUCUCUUCACAGGCAAGAUCUGCACUUUCUUCUCAAGCGGCGACUCUUACCAGUAAACUUGAAGCCGCUUUAAAGUCCCAGGAGAGGUUCUUCAAGAAAACUUUGAAGCAACAUUCGGUUAAGCAAUUCAAAGAUCUGCUUACUGUGAGGAGGAGCGAAGUUCAUGUCCCUCGAAGUCCACGUAUUCAACCCCAACCCAGUUCCAGCAGAUCAGAGAGCACUGAUCCUGAAAUCGAUUACGCGACCAAUCUCUCACAUCAAAAUGUUUUACCUGUGGCCCGUGGUCUUGUUGCUUUGAUCAUAAACAACGCUGCCAACAUGGAUAUGUUCCUUCUCGCCUGCAAAGUAGUGGCCAGGCUUGUAGUUUCCACGCGCCCUGCAAUUAGUUUGGGUGAACUUAUGACAGAGGAACAACUUCUGAAAUUAGUAAAACUCGCAACUGGAGCUUCUGAUGCUGCCUGGUCGAUGCACGCAGUCUCUUGUUUAUUGCAAGAUCUUCUCGAAGGAGGAAGACUUUAUCCCAGACUUUCGACGACACACGAAGGCAGUCCGUCCGAGGAGAUUUUCGAUUCCCUUGGUGCAGAAGAAGGCAGAGCCUCUGCAGAAGAAGAACCAGCACCUGUUGCUGGAACAAGCAGUUCUUCAACUACAAUGGGGAACGACGAAGGCUUCGCAGACGGAGACGAGGACACCCAGGACAGUAUAGCCGUGACCCCAGUGAACGCCUCCACCUCGAAAUCGAAUGGAUUCAAUCUUCCGUCUCUGGUAGAGUCGGAUGACAGUGAACUCGAAGAUUAUUUGGACGAUAUUCUUGAACGAGGGAAGAGUAUCAUGAAAAAGGGCGGAGCUAUUCCCAAGUAUCCCUCUUCCACAAACUCAGGUUCUGAUUGUAGGACUUUUAUUUCGCUCGCGGUGGAUGCGAGAUUGGAAUACGGAGUCGAAACUGCGGUCGAAAUUGCUUUGAGGAGGCUUUCCACCCUCGGGGCUUAUAAUUUGCCGCUCAGUUUGAGUGCGACGAUCCAUGUUCCUCCAGAAGCAGCGAGAACUCCACAGCCAACAAAUUCAAGACAAGCCCCAGGAUGGAACGAUCGAAGCCAGGAAUCCUGGAAUAUUGGCGACUCGAUGCCUUCUAGUUUAAUGAUGCUCACUCGAUGUUUUGACAAAAUCUUCUCCGAGUUGCACAUACAGAGGGAGGGAACGAGUCUUGAACUAGUCUUGCAACUCUGGUUGACCUUGAACUUGGACGCCUCCACAGAAUCGAGCACUUCAACCCAGUUUGAUACAUCCCUAACUCCAGUGAUUCCACUGAGCUCUGUUGCCAUUUCAGGAAUUAUUUCCGUGCUUUCUUGGUAUCCAGGCGUUUCUCUAAGAGCUUGGUGUCACGCUCUACAAUGCUUGACUCUCGCAAGCAAUCAACCCUUGCAAACUGACGCACCCGAAGCUGCAAGUUGUAGCACUCCAUUAGACGGAUUGCUAGGUGGAAUGGCUGGGUGUAUUGUAAAAGAAAGAAAUAUGGGGCCGAUGCUUCUAAGACUUCUUUCUGGAAAUGGACUCAACGUCGAUACAACCGACAAACAAUUCGGAAUGGCAGGACCGAUAGUCUGUCGAGCCCUCCAGGACUUCCUCAUUCGCCUCGAACUCUGGUGCGACGUGAUAACACCCGGAAGCACCUUAGGCAACGCUCUGAAGGAACUCCUCCUCUGGGUCGUCUACCAACUCGUUCAACCUGGAGGACCUCUUGCAGCUCGUCGAGGACCUUUGGACGCGCAGUGCAAACUAAUAACUUCCCUCCUGAACCUGAACUUCACAAAUACAGACCUCGGAACUUCCAUGAGCAUCACCGAAUGCGUCGGGGAACUCGUUUCCACUUACGUUAGGGGCUACGGAGUUGGAGCUCAGUGCCGAGGACUCGUUGAUUCAGCGAAUCAGUCCAGCAACUUCACUGGUCUCUAUGCCUGUGUUCUUGGCGGAGACGCCAGACAAGGUCGUCCAGCAUCCUGGGACGCUUUGAUCGUCGCUCUGAUUAAAUUAGUUUGCAGACUUGUCCAAACUCCACUGCCUAGCGCAAGAAGUUCAAGAUCUGACUCUGCGAGCGACAUGGAACUCGGGGAAGCGAUCCAGAGACCCGGAGGAAGUAAAAUGGGGACUCAGAGUUCGACGAGUAUUUCUCAGACUGAUGAAAGCAAGGUUGCUGAGCAACAGACCUCGUUGCGGAUGCAGCAGAGUGGAGCUCCCAAACCUCGUGUUCCUUGUGUGGCUGAUACGGUUCUGCAACAUGAACCGACGAUGAUGAGAUUGCUGGGGGCGUUGGGACAUAGUUCGGGAUCUUCUUUAGCUAUGUUGUUCGGCGAUGGAUCGGCCGGAAAUGCACCUGCGGAAUUCGGGGAAUUCGAGAAUCCACCUUCCAUUCCUGAUGCGACUUUCCAACUUCUUUCGACACUCACGAAGAAGGCGAGCAGUCCUACAUUGGUCUUGAAUCCGGUUUAUCAGUAUCUCGCUUCAUCCUGCGGAAGGUCCACGUUCGACCGACAACUCGGAAUGAUGCAGCUCUCAGAACCGCUUCUCUGGUACAUCCUCAGAGUUCUUGACAACGAAACAUCCCUCGCAGUAUUUAAUUCCAUGGGAGGAGUGAAAGUCCUCUGUGAGAAUCUCGUGAAAUCGAGCAUAAGCAACAACGGGGGAAGCUGCUCGUCUCCAGGAGUCAUUGCACUCGUGAUGCAGCAUCUCUCAAACACGCCGAAUCUCGCCUCGACCUCGCAAAGCGGCAGCGGUCUCGUGAACUUCGCUCCGCUGGGAACGAUAACCUGGGUGAAUUCUACAGCCCAACCAGCCGAUGUUUUGAUACAGAGCGCGACACCUCACAGAAGAGCGAGAACUGCAGCCUGGACGUACCAUUUCUAUCCAGACGAAGCCUGGGUGGAUUUAACUAUUACUUUGAGAUGCGCUAUUUUGCUCAAGGAAGUGGAAUUGCAGCCACACGUCACUUCUCUAGCAACUUGUCCUUCCGCCGUUGCUCUGGAAAUUGCCAGGGAGGCGAAUUCAGCAAUGACACCGGUUUGUCCGCCGAUGCCAACUUCGGGAUUUACGUUUAUCAAGUUGACACUUUCCCAACCUAAAGUCGCCACUGCGGUUCUUGUUAGGCUUUACAAGCCGAGGGAUUCUGCGAAUAUUAGUUUGAGCAAGAUUCAAGUGUUGGGAACGACGGCAUUCGGAGACACAAAAUCAAGCGCAGAGGCGAUCGAUGAAGAGCAGCUAACCAAGAAAAGCUUAGGCUGGUUGCGACUCGUUCAUCAGUGUCUUUCUGUAAGCGCGAUGAAUUCUGGUCUCGCCCAGGAAGUUUUAAAUUCAGCAGCCUCCGUCGAAGGUCUCGUGGAAUCAUGCUGCAACCUUUUGCUUCUACCCGCACCUUCCCUCUUCACACCUAAUUUAGAAAGAGUCCUUCUUCAAUUGGGUUUACACUCCAACGAACUUGGCCUGCGCUUGAUCAAUCUACUUUUAGAUAACAGAUCAACCCCUCUCUUCCAAGUUUCUACUUCCUCCCAGGAAACUUCCACUGUCCAGAUGGUGGUUGAGUUGUUACAACAACUUUGCUCUGCUCAGGACUCGAGCACUAAAGGUCGAAUGUCGGCCGUUCUCCAAUGGCUUCAAACCGUUGCCCUCAAUAGUUCAACUCAAUCCCAGGGUCCCAAUUCGUCUUCUCCGCCGGCGGUUUAUAUUCACUGUAUUUCUUCGAUUAUUUGGAAAGCGCAUCAACAGGAGAACCUGAGCUAUGACCUGCAGUCCCUCCUAACCGAAGAUCUGUUCAACGCCCUUUACCAGUGGACCCUCGUCUUGGAAACGCAUUCAGCCCUAAAGCAAUCAAUCGACUCAGCCCUCUGCGCAUUUUGCUUCGUCCGUCCUUACUUCUUCCUUCUGCUGCUCCAGCGAGUCCAGAUCCUAGUGCCCAACUACGCGACUGAUCAUUCCGCCUCGAUCUCCGAUGAUCGGAAAGAAAGCGAAGGCCAAACGGACGACACGAAAAGUGCAACAGAAGCCGAAGAAUGGUACUGCCGACUCGUUCUCUCGGAAUACCGCUGUUUAAACCUCACCGAAGGCCAACUUCUCACAGUAGCCGCAGCUGCCAGAUCUCCACCAGGAAUCCAACAACUCAUCGACUCUGGACUUCCUUCCCUUUUAACCGCCUCCAUUACCGAAUUCUGCGUACUGGAAAAAGUAAAAGUGAACCGCAAGCCCUCCAUCGAGGAAAAGAAUCCCGAAUCUUCCGGAUCUGCGAGUCUCACCGACAGCGACAAAGCUGGAGAAUCUCAGGAGGGAAUUAAUUCUGGACUCUGUAUGAGUGAACCUGAGAGUAUAGCCGUCGUCCUGGAAUUUUUGUCCUUAAUUUGUUCCGAGGGAAGAAUGAGAGAUUGGCUUGGAAAAGAGGGAAAUGAAUUUUGGCUCCCUUUGUUAUCUCUACUAAGCAACCGACCUGUCGAAAAUCCUACAUCUUCUUCCUCCCGAUGUUCGAAAACUAGUCUAUCCUACAGAAGCUUGGAAAGUGCGAUGAUCAAGUUUCUCUCGAGGUGUUGCUGGUGCCAUCCGGCGAAUCAGAAACUCUUAGCCGAGUUACUGACGGACGUGAUUCUUCAGCACAGAACGCCACCUAAUGUGAGAUAUUUACAUGGAAUUUCCGGAUUCACUAGGAGAUUGAUUCUUCAGCUUUUACUCGAGGGAGAAAAGAUUCUUGUUUCGGUGACUUCAGAAGCUCCAAUGAAGGUUCCUAACACUGUCGUCAAUUACAAUAUGCCCGUUAUUCCUCCCCAUCCUGCUCAUCCGCUUGGACACUAUCACCAGUUGCUCUACAUGUCAACCCAGUCGACCGUGGCGGAUAUUCUGCAUCAAGUUUCCGGAACCUGGUUGCUGCUUUUACUUCCGAAUAAUAAGGGAACUGAAGCCAGCACUAGUGGCAUCCAGCCGAAAGAAAUCUGGGAAACUGACAUGUCCCUCGUUGCAGACACCUUGAGCGUCGCAGCUGGGAACACGGCAAAGGAUAAACGUGCCAAGGAAGCUUCCAACCGGUCCCAAGCCCGGGGCCCAAUACUCCGCAAGUCUCGCCUCAAUGCUGAUGGAACCCCUUCGAAAUCCACCAGUUCCCUCUCGCAAACUAACUCUGCAAAUGCCGCGAAUCAACAGUACCUGAUCCACUCUUCUCAACCGAAUAUUCCUCUCCCUUCCGAACUAACAAUCGCUCAGCUCCUUUCAAUGGCCGCCGACUCGGGGGUCUCUCUCUCCGAUCCCUGCCUCCACCUCAUCCUCCGUCAACGGACAAAGGAAUCCAAAGAAGACCCCACGAAAAGUCCCAAUAACUUUAUUCUAAAUCACUCCGCGAGCAUCGACUCCUCCCUCGAGGUCUUCAGCGCCGGAGGUGGUCUCGCAGUUCUCGCAAAGCAUCUUCCACUGGUCUACCCCGAAUCCGGGAGACCAACCACCAUUAUUGAAAAGUCACCCUCGCCUGAACAGACGGACGCCGAGUGGGUGAAGAUCGAACCUAAUGAGUACGAAUACGAACUGGAGGAAGGAGGACCAGCCCCCGAAGCGAGAGCAACACCACCAACGCCGAGUGUUCCACCACAUUCUCUGACAGCUUUCGGAUUGUUCCUGAGACUGCCUGGAUACUCGGAGGUUCUUCUCAGAGACAGAAAACGAGCUCAGUGUCUUUUGAGACUUGCACUAGGCGUGACUGACGAUGGAGAAGGGGGAGAGAUUCUAACUUCUCCGAUCGCGGCUUCCCUGCCAACUUUGCCUUUCCAGGUUUUGAAGCAGCUUUUGGAAGACACUCCACCAACGACUGAUGAUGGACUUCUUUUGAGGAGGACGAUCAUCGACGUCGGCGCGGUUUUGCUAUUGCUGAAUUGUCUCGCAAUCUUCACUCACCAGACAGGAAACAACGACCUGGAACCGAAAUCGGGACAGGGGGGAACUGGACGCACUGAUGAUAAGUCGCAGCUUUAUUGGGCGAAAGGAACUGGUUUUGGAACUGGAUCAACCCAGCAGAGUUGGAAUGUAGAACAAGCUUUAUUGAGGCAAAGAUCAGAGGAGGAACAUGUGACGGUUUUGUUGCAAGUGUUGGCGAGUUAUAUUGGAUCCGGUGAUCAACCACAGAGGGAACUUCCCUCUCAGUUUCCGGAAUUGCUGUCAAGAUCGUGUUUGCUUCCGGCUCUCUCCUCCUAUUUGAGGAAUGACUCGGUGCUGGACAUGGCGAGACAUAUUCCACUUUAUCGAGCCGUUUUGCAGUUGUUGAGAGCAAUGGCUUUGUCGAAUCAACUGGCGCCGCUGUUGCUGCCGAGUGGCGAUAAAGCGACUGAGCCCUCAAUUGUUUCGCUUUUGUCGAGCAUGAGGAUUUGUGUGGAUACCUACAUGAGUAAGAUUACGAGAACUAGGGGUAACAAGAAGUCUGCGGCAAAGUAUCCGGAUGAGUCGGAACAGGAUGAAGGAUUAGCGACGCUCAUUUCUGAUAUUCAGGAGAGUAGUACUCUCGUGCAGAAUGCAACUGCGAGGCUAACGGGAAUUAAUGAUGAACUGGCGGGACCGAGUCCUUCUGCGCCCGAGUUGCCAUUGAGGAGUGUAGAACAGAGGUACCUGGAGGUUAUGAAGAGUCUGCAGUUCGAUACCUUUGAGAUGUUGACUGAGAAUACGGAUGGUGGUGGUGGCUACAAAUUCGCUGUGUCGUAUCACUUUGAAUCGAAUAUGAGAGCCGCUGGUGAACGAAGUCAUCCGACGAGAGUCAAGAGACUGGCACAAGAAGCUGUUACCCUUUCGACGGCCCUACCACUUUCGUAUAGUAGUAGCGUUUUUGUCAGAUGUGAUGCCGAUAGACUGGACGUGAUGAAGGUGCUGAUAACCGGACCGGCAGAAACCCCCUAUGCCAAUGGUUGCUUCGAGUUCGAUGUCUACUUCCCAGGAGAUUAUCCAAAUAGUCCGAUGAUGAUCAAUUUGGAAACCACGGGCUGCCACACAGUUAGAUUCAAUCCCAACCUCUACAACGACGGAAAGGUGUGCCUCAGUGUCCUCAACACCUGGCACGGCCGUCCCGAAGAAAAAUGGAAUGCGCAUACGAGCAGUUUUCUUCAGGUUUUAGUUUCAAUACAAUCCCUGAUUCUGGUUUCGGAACCGUACUUCAACGAACCGGGAUACGAGCGCUCUAGAGGAACGUCCAGUGGCGCUCAAUCUAGUCAAGAGUACAACGCUAAUAUUUGCCAAGCGACCGCAAAGUGGGCAAUGCUUGACCAAAUACGAAACCCCUGCCCCUGUUUUAAGGAGGUAAUUCACACGCAUUUCUGGUUGAAGAGACACGAAAUCGUCGCACAAAUUGAAGGAUGGAUAAGAGACAUGGAAAUGCACGGGGCGGAUAGAAGGUCGGGCAGGACCAUUUCUCUUAAUGCUUUAGCUCUAAGGAGACACUACAGGAUGCUGCGAGAAGAGCUAAACAAACUGCCAACUCCAGAAGGACUCGAAGACCUGGUGGAACCCCUGCCCUCACCAGGUUCUCCCCUCGAGCUCUCUGGUACCCCAGGCACUCCGAGCUCACCCCCGACAUCAGUUGUAACCUCCGCGACAGCCAUAAGUGCACCGCUCAGCAACUCGAUCGCCUCCAUCAGCAAUACCAGUGCCAGCAACCACGUCCAUCACGAGAUCGACACCGACGUCGAGAUGGAGAAGAUGGUUUCCAAAGUGUGCGAAUAGCUAAUCAGUGUUAGUAGGGAUUGUUGGACAUUUUAAAAAGUCUAUUGCUAGUGUUUAACGACGAAGAUACGGAAGAAGUUGCUGACGACGACCACAAAGAACUCUAGGCCAAUAUUCGGGCCUCGCCACCGAACUUCCGAUUCGUCAAACGAAUUCAGUACUGGAAUUCAUUUCCACGAGUGCGAUUAAUUCCUCAAGAGUGUGUAAAUCGACUGACGAGAAAAAUAACGAGAGAGAGAGAGAGAGAGAGAGAAAGAGAGAUAGAGUGAAUGUUGCCUGUGUGAAAGUUGAGAGUAAAGGGUUGAAUCAAGUCGCGUAUAUAACUGCAUUCUCUUUCGCUACUGCUACCAACUGUUGGAAACGAAAAAAAAGGAAAAAAACGAUGAGAGCAAGAUUUGGCGCCAACUGGUGGUCCUCGUGUCGAGCUUCGUUCAUAAAAUUUUAAAUAAUCUCUCCUUUAAUCCAGAAAUGAGUCAGGGAAAAUUGGAUCGUAUUUGUUAAUGAAUUCGAUUUGAGAAAUCCAGAUUAUUACCGAAUUUUUUGUUUUCAAAUGGACGAAGUCGAGGUGUAAGAGGUCACUGAUGUUCUAUAUGUUUCUCGUUUAGAGUUAAAAAGCCGUAAAACGCGAAAGUACACAAAAAUAUAUAUAUAUAUAUAAAAAAAAAAGAGCCGAAAGCUUCAUUUUCACGAAGGAGAGCCAAAAAACGAUAAAAAGAUAAGAAGGUCAAUGAUUAUUAAACGGAUUUUGUAACUUUAUUUUUAUUUAGAAUCUGUAUUGUUUUUUACAAUCCGACUGUAAUCAAAAGCGUAUGAUCCUUUUCUUUCUUUUUAACGAGAAUGAGUCAAAUAUGACUCCUUAUUUUGUUUAUAAAGCGAAUCCGUUUCUUGAAUUCUCGUUUUGAUGAUAGUACUCUAGAGUAUGUUUUCUUUUAUUUUUAAUUUUUAACUAAUGUUCGUUUUGUUGUUUCCCAAGUCGCGAUGGUUUUGAUAUGAUGGAAGAUUUGAUGCCUUCGAGGGAGAGAGAAAUAGAGAAAUAGAAAUAGAGGGAGAGAGAGAGCGUGUGUGUGUGUGUGUGGAGGGCGGAAAGUGUGGAAUAAUAACGCGUACUUAUGUUUUAUCGUUUAUUAUACUAUUAUCUUUUUUUUGUCUUCUUCCUUUUUUAAAUUUCUUAUAUAUAUAUAUAAAAAAAACAAAAAAGUGUUGAUGAAGUGCAUUCGAUGUAGAUAGUGUGUGAUUAUUAAGUAUACGCGACGAUUGUGAGAGCGCAAUUACCGUUAAACCGAUUACUGUAAAUAAUCUCUAGUAAGUUAAUCGUAUUUCACACACGCAUACACUCACACGUGCACGCAAGACGCGUACAACAGUACAUAUACAUAUAUGUGUUUAUAAUUUUAAAAGUAACUGCAAGAAUGCUCUAAACAAAAAAAAGAAACUGUAUCGUAUUUGACGCAUGAACUCCGGUAAACGAUGAUGAACGCUGUAACGUGAUUUGAUGGAUGGAACGGAGAAUGUGUUAAUAAUUAUUUAUAAUAAACGAUUAUUACCACGCAACACGUUUUCCUUCUUUUAUUUAUAAAUUCGCAUUCUUUACAAAUGAAUAAUUACAGCUGACAUUCAAAAUUUUAAAUCCAGUCAGAAUUACCAACUUUCAGACGUGAAAAGUUAAGUCAAAUUGUAUAUUAGGAUUGAAGAGGUUUUAAAUUUGGUCUUUCAAUUUUUGCUUUCUUAUUCAAACCCAAGAUUUCAAUUUCAAAUGUGUUUGACAACCGUGUUAUAUGUAAAUUUAAUUUUUAAGUAAACCUUAUGUGACGUUCUUACGGAUUAGGAACUGAACAGUGUAAACAUAAUUCAGGAGUACCAAAUAUUAAGCAAAAAAAGUAAAAUUCAUUUCUCGAUGGUAAAUAUCUUCCGUGCGAUGUCGCUAAAUCUAUUCGUGAUUUAAAUUUUAGUUCCACAGAUCCAGCAAAAAGGCUUAAAAAUGUAAAAAAUUUGUUUUUACAUAAGAUAUUUUGUUGAAAAUUAAAUAAAUUUGGUCAAAAAGUCA